AUGUUGAAGAACAGCACGCAGACCUCACUGGAAGGGUUUGUCUUGAUGGGCUUCUCUGACAGGCCCUGGCUGGAAACCCCACUCUUUGUCAUCUUCCUGCUGGCCUACAUCUUGGCCUUCUUCGUUAACAUCUCCAUCAUCCUCGUCUCAAGGCUGGACCCUCAACUCUACACCCCCAUGUACUUCUUCCUCAGCAACCUCUCCCUCCUGGAUCUCUGCUACACCACUAGCACUAUCCCCCAGAUGCUUGUCAACCUGUGGGGACCACAGAAGACCAUCAGCUAUGGGGGCUGUGUGGCCCAACUCUACAUCUCCUUGGCUUUGGGCUCCACUGAGUGCAUCCUGCUGGCCAUCAUGGCCUUUGACCGCUAUGUUGCCAUCUGCAGAGCCCUCCACUAUCCAGUCAUCAUGAACCCACAGCACUGUGUGCGUCUGGCAGCGGGCACCUGGAUCAGUGGCUUCGCUAACUCUCUGGUCCAGACGACGCUCACAGCGACAGUCCCACGCUGUGGGCACCAAGUCCUCGAUCACUUCUUCUGUGAGGUGCCCGCCCUGCUCAAGUUGGCCUGCACCGAUACCCGGCUCAACGAGGCCCUGCUCAAUGUGCUCGGGUCCUUCCUGCUCCUGGUGCCCCUGACUCUGAUCGUGGGCACCUACGGCUUCAUCGCCCGCACCGUGCAGCGGAUCCGCUCGGCAGAGAGCCGUCGCAAGGCCUUCAACACCUGUGCCUCCCACCUGGUGGUGGUGUCGAUGUUCUACUUCUCUGCCAUCAGCAUGUACGUUCAGCCGCCGUCCAGCUAUUCACGGGAGCGUGGCAAGGUCACAGCCUUGUUCUACGGGAUCCUAACCCCCACAUUCAACCCCUUCAUAUACACCCUGAGGAAUAAGGAUGUGAAGGCAGCACUGCGUCGGGCACUGACCAAGGAAUUCUGGGUCAGCUGA